UAGCCGAGACGUGUGCGCCACCCUUUGUAUUGGAGUAGUUCUACACAGGAUGUUGCUUGCCUCGAGCCUCAACCAAUCAUCGAGCACUUUGUUGGAAGGUGACAGAACGGAGUACAUGCGUUUUGCUGGAAUGGUACAAUUGAUCACAAAAACACACAGUUGUACAUCAUUAUAAGAGAAGACUGACAUUAUGGAUGCACAGAAGGAUGCACAACCAGUUAAGCAACAGCCCAUGAUCUACAUCUGUGGAGAAUGUCACACAGAAAAUGAGAUUAAGGCCAGAGACCCCAUCAGAUGCAGAGAGUGUGGAUACAGGAUCAUGUACAAGAAGAGGACAAAGAGAUUGGUCGUCUUUGAUGCCAGAUAAAACAACCCACCUCACCUUACCCUCACUUAUUAGAUUUCUUUCUUUUUGUAUUUUAGUUGUCUCAAAUGUACAGCUUUUGUAAAACUGUUUCUAUAAGGACUGCGAUGUGAAAAAUGCUAUGAACGAUAAUGGUAAUGACAUGAAUGCCUUGUGUUAGGCAUACAAUUAGACAUUGAAACACUUCACCAUAAAGGUUCAUUUGAAAUAGGUCUUAUGACCAAAGGCAAUGAUGUAACCCACAAUGCAAAUAAAAUAGAGUUUUGUGAAUAUGAA